AUGGCGGCCUCUGAUCCCCCAGCAGCUUCCGAACCCACCAGCGAGGAAGUGUGGCAGCUCAAGCGCGACAGCUAUGCUUCUCUACGUGCCUUCGAGUCGCACCGCAGCGCUCAGAUCGACAAAUUCCAGACCCGUGAUCGCGCCUACUGGCGCCAGUUCCAGGAAGAAAUCCGCCACGGGGGCGACGAGAACACCCGGCUACUGAAGUUUCUAACAUUGCGACUACAGGCCGAUCUUGCGUAUGCAGAGGCACUGAGACAUACACGCGCAGCGCUGGAUGCCCCGAGUCAGGGAGCUGAUGCGAAUGCAGCGACUGGGAGCGACCAGCUGAACGUUCAGUCGUCGGUGUCUAAGGCGCUGCAUGCGGUUGGGGAGGUACAGACGCAAUUGGCUGAAAAACUGGUGCAACUAACGACAGUCGUGAAGAGAGAGGUGACGACUAAGCCGCUUGAGGAGAUGGCGGCCACGUAUAAAGAGAGAGUGGCGAGUAUGCUCGUGGAGGGGGAUAAACUGGAUGAUAUGCUGUUUCAAUCGCAAAAAAAUGUGCUGUCGGCGUUUGAGAAAUAUGAGGAAUUGUUCAAACAAAUGGAGAGCGAGAAGGAGAGUGCAGAUACAAGGCGACAGGAUCUGUGGUUGGCUGAAAUGAACUACUGCAUUAAUGUACAGAAACUCCAGCAGUCAGUAUAA